UAGCCUCUUCGUCGCCCCUCUUCUUGCUUGGAAGGUACUCAAAGCACCCCGGAGAAACGAGAUCGCAAGACUCACUCAGAGAGAGAGAGAGAGAGAGAGAGAGAUGGAGAGAUUGCAGAGGAUAUUCUCAGGAGCAGGUGGUAUGGGACACCCACCUCCUGAUUCUCCCCUUCUUGAUUCAUCUGAGCAGGUUUACAUCUCCUCCCUCGCCCUUCUCAAGAUGCUCAAACACGGAAGAGCUGGGGUUCCUAUGGAAGUCAUGGGAUUGAUGCUUGGUGAGUUUGUUGAUGAGUAUACCGUCCGUGUUGUGGAUGUCUUCGCCAUGCCGCAGAGUGGUACUGGUGUCAGUGUUGAGGCUGUCGAUCAUGUCUUCCAGACCAACAUGCUUGAUAUGCUUAAGCAGACUGGCAGACCGGAGAUGGUGGUAGGAUGGUAUCACUCCCAUCCUGGCUUUGGCUGCUGGCUUUCUGGUGUGGACAUAAAUACACAACAGAGUUUUGAGGCUCUGAAUCAAAGAGCUGUUGCAGUGGUGGUGGACCCAAUCCAGAGUGUUAAAGGAAAGGUAGUGAUCGAUGCCUUCCGUCUGAUCAACCCGCAGACCAUGAUGCUAGGCCAAGAGCCACGCCAGACGACAUCUAAUGUUGGACAUCUCAACAAGCCAUCCAUUCAGGCAUUGAUUCAUGGGUUGAACCGGCAUUACUACUCAAUUGCCAUCAACUACAGGAAGAAUGAAUUGGAGGAGAAGAUGUUGCUCAACUUACACAAGAAGAAGUGGACCGACGGCUUGACGCUUCAGCGAUUUGACACUCAUUCCAAAACCAACGAGCAGACGGUCCAAGAGAUGCUGAACCUGGCAAUCAAAUACAACAAAGCAGUUCAGGAAGAGGAUGAGCUGCCUCCUGAGAAGCUCGCGAUUGCGAAUGUGGGCAGGCAGGAUGCAAAGAAGCAUUUGGAAGAGCACGUCUCAAAUUUGAUGUCAUCAAACAUAAUUCAGACUCUUGGAACCAUGCUAGACACUGUUGUAUUCUAGAGUUGUUAUCAGAAAAAAAAAAAAAAAACAAAACUUGGCUGUGCUUUGGUUAGUUGCAUCGCUAGUUAACUGUCACUCUCUUUUCUAGUACUUGGUACAUGACAAAACCCUGCCCCCUUCUUUUGGCUGCAAGUUGAUUGAAUUCGGAUGGCUGAUUGAUGGUCCGGUUUGAAUUGAUCAGUCCAUGCUGGAAUAAUGUUUGAAUUUCCCCUUCCUCAGAUAUACAGGUAAACAUAUUUAAGCAAUGCUCAUAACCCACAACGGGUUGACCCCUCUUAAUGUUUUUA